UAUAAUAAAAUAAAAUAAAAUAAAUGCAUAAAUGAAAAAGCCCUACGUAAAUUUUCUGCGCACUACUUUUAGUUUCUGAAUGGUUGAAGGUGAAUAAGAAAAGGAUGCCACUCGAACACCGCUGUGCCAUGCGCACUAAACUGUUCCUCUUGCUCACUGGAACUGUAUUGAAUACCACACACAGCUUUGGUUUUCAGUUCUAAGCUCUUCCCUAGGAGGAGGAAGAAACACAAAGUUGGCACUUGGAAGAGACCUCUGCGUAAAAAGGAGAGCCUGGAUCAUGCAUUGCGCAGAAUCGCUGCUCGCUUACGUUUAAAUUUACAGAAGAGAGGCGCAUCUCCACCUCACAGGAUGCGAGAGUAGCGCGCUGGAUGGUGCUGCCAGGGUUUGGGCACGGAGGACGAAAAGUUACGCAAAAAGCCCAGUCCUGCACCGGGAGAAGCCCGGUGUCUUCAGUUAGGCGAGUGGCACGAUGUCGGCUCUACGGAGGAAAUUCGGCGAGGACUAUCAGGUAGUGAACACCAGCAGUAGCAUGACUUUUUCUGCGCCGGUGAAGAGGAAGCGGCAGCGCUUCGUGGAAAAGAACGGCCGCUGCAACGUCCAGCACGGUAACCUUGGCGGGGAGACCAGCAGGUACCUGUCCGACCUCUUCACCACGCUGGUGGAUCUCAAGUGGCGGUGGAACCUGCUCAUCUUCAUCCUCACCUACACGGUGGCGUGGCUGGUCAUGGCUUCUAUGUGGUGGGUGAUCGCGUAUAUCCGCGGGGAUCUGAGCAACACCGGCCACGACCCAUCCUACACGCCGUGCGUCGCCAAUGUCUACAACUUUCCCUCCGCGUUCCUGUUCUUCAUCGAGACCGAGGCGACAAUCGGCUACGGCUCCCGCUACAUCACCGAAAAGUGCCCGGAGGGCAUCAUCCUCUUCCUCUUCCAGUCCCUGCUGGGCUCCAUCGUGGACGCCUUCCUCAUCGGCUGCAUGUUCAUUAAGAUGUCGCAGCCGAAGAAGCGCGCGGAGACGCUCAUGUUCAGCCAGGACGCGGUCAUUUCGCAGCGGGACGGAAAGUUGUGCCUCAUGUUCCGCGUGGGGAACCUGCGGAACAGCCACAUGGUCUCUGCGCAGAUCAGGUGCAAACUCAUCAAGUCCAGACAGACCCCAGAGGGAGAGUUUCUGCCUCUGGACCAGUGCGAGCUGGACGUGGGUUUUGGCACGGGGGCCGACCAGCUUUUCUUGGUGUCACCUCUCACCAUCUGCCACGAGAUCAACACCAACAGCCCGUUCUUUGAUCUCUCCCAGCGCUCGCUCAUGAACGAGCAGUUUGAGAUAGUAGUUAUUCUAGAGGGCAUUGUCGAAACCACCGGAAUGACAUGCCAAGCGAGAACAUCUUACACAGAGGAUGAAGUCCUGUGGGGCCAUCGAUUCCUUCCUGUCAUGUCUCUAGAAGAAGGAUUCUUCAGAGUGGACUACUCCCAGUUCCACAACACCUUUGAGGUUCCCACGCCUCCCUACAGUGUCAAAGAGCAGGAGGAGAAGUCCUCUGUGACAUCCCCGAAUCCCGUAGCCAUCGCUCCCACUCUCCCCUCACCUCUGCUGGGCAACAGAGUGGGCCGACGGGAAAGGCUUCUCUCGGCCGACCAUGCGGAGCACCCGGAGGAUCAGGCCUCCAGGCUGCCCAACAAGCUCCAGCGAAUGAGCUCCACCAAGGAGGAGCACCUGUGGAGAGCGCUGAAGACGGGGACGGCCUUGCCCGGCGGUAAGGCCUCCAGCACCGGAGACCUUUCGCUCAGCAUCCAGCGGUUUAGGUCCAGCUCCAUCCCAGCUGUGAAGCAUGGACAGCCUGAGGAGCAAGUCAAGCUGCUGUCCCUUGAUCUUGAUGCUGACGAGGGGGAUCUGGUGAAACACAGACAGCCAACAGCAAUUAGCACCAUCGGCACUGUAACACCAGUAUCAGUCCCAUUCCCCUCGAUGGGGAGUCGGCCAGAGGACAAUCUACCCCCAAAACUGCGCAAAAUGAACGCUGACCGCUGAUAGAAACUCAAAAAAUCUCAAACAGGCUUAAAGGGCAUUGCACAGAAAUAAAGACUACUGUGACCUAGAUUCCCCCCUGCAGUUUUUGUUCUUUACUGUUCACUUAAUGCAAUUUCUUUACUAAGCUGUCUAUUGCUACAAAUAGGACGAUGCCAAUAAGCCAUCCAUCCGCUCAAACUGUGAGUCAGUUUUGAUAGAUCACCAUCUGUGCCCCCCACAGACUUCUAACACUUAUCUGUAUGUGCUUGUUGUUUUAUUUCUACACAGUUACAUCACAUGUUCUCUGAUCUUCAUAAACUGCUGUAUGUUUUUCUAACUAAAAAAGCAACAAAGGGAUGAAUAAAUAAAUAGAAAUCACUAUUUGCUAAAUCUUCCCCCAAACCACUGCUUUACCAGGCACAACAUAGAAAAAAAGGAACAUGACAAAGUAUUGAAUAAGAAAGGAUUUUGUAAUUUUGUAAUAAUAAUUUACUAUAAAAAUUUAGAUUAUUGCGGCGCAUAAUUUACACUAUAAACUAGUGUAUAAUUUAUUUGCAGUUGUUUUUUAUAUUACCUGGCUUUCUUUGUUUUGUUUUGUUGUUUGUUUUUGUAUUUAGCCAUUAGCUACAGCCUAACUCAGGAUAUGUAGCCAUUGCUAGUUAAACUCAUGACUAUUUAGGAGCUACACAAAGAGAAACCAGAACUUUAUUGGCAAAUUGUUGGUUUAAUUACAAACUAGUGAUGAACAUGAUUCAAUGUGCUCCAUCAGUUUGGUCUCAUCUACUCACUGGCCUGUGUGAAGGGCUAACAUUUGCGCUGAAUGGCUAAGCGCAAGGCUAUGUCUGCUAGUGUUACGUUUAAAAUUCAUGCACAAUACAAAGGUUCUGGCAUUUGUAGCUUUACUUCAGAAAAUAGGUUUAGCUAUUGCUUAAAACUCUGCAUGUGUCACUUAUUUCAUGAUCAUAACCUUGCAAUCUAAAACAAAUAGCAUACGAAGGCUGUGUUUAUGCUAACAUUAGCUUAAAUAGCUGGCUAGCAUGAAAUGGAUCCUAAUGGCUCAUCAUUUGUUUCAACACAUUGUGUGUGUUUUUUUAACAGUGUGAAAAUGAAACCCUGAGUGGUUAUGACAUACCAUAAAACUCACAGCUCAUAAAUGCGUACCCCACUGUGACUCAGUGUCCACAAGUAAAUAAAACUUAAUUAAACCAGUCUGAGGACACACAUCACACAAUCUUAUUGUAGGAAACAAAAAAUCAACUCGAAUCAAAUUGUAUUUUGUUUUAAAUAAGAAGAAAAUCAACUUGCCAUAAUUGCUGGAAACUGCACAUGGAGUGAGGUGGGUGACUGAUUCAUUAAGUUUACUAAAUCAGUUCAUUUGCAGCUCCGGGCGUUUAGGUUUCUUUAUGCAAGAAACCUAAAGAAAAACAAUAAAGAUAUGGUGAACGCAUUGGGGUACUAUACUGAUUGUUAAUAUAAAGAUAUUGUAAGCAACCACUGCACAUUUAUUAAUGGUGGAUAUAAUUUAGAUUAUAUAUAAAUAUAUUAUAAAUAUAUCUGAGUUCCAUUUCAGAAAAUUAACUGACACGCCCAAUGAACUGGGAAUUGUGAUUUGGAAUACGUGACUGAGCUACUUGCAGCCACAAAAAACGGCUGCCACACAAAAAAAUAUAGUGAAUUUUGCACAAAUGAACAGUUUGAUUUCUGUUUAUUGUAUCUCAAUAAUCCAGUGGCAUUAAUGUACAUCCUCGGUUUCUGAGCGUGUUCUUUUAGAAUAUGAGUCCACAGGCUGUAAAAUGGAGAGGAAUACAGUAUUAUUGUUGUGUCUUGCUAAUAGUCAUUAGUAUUGUCAUAAAAUGAAAGCUAAGUAUAUUAUAUAUUCUAUAUAAUAUACUUAGUUAAUAUAGUUAAUAUAUUCUUUAACUCCAUUAAAGAAUAUAUUUAUAUUCUUUAAUGGAGUUUAUUUUGUCAGUCAGCUUGAAUUAAUUAAUUUAUUUCAUUACUUAUUUAAAUUUGUUUAUUCAAAUAAUAAAUUCAGUAAUAAUGACAUUUUAUUUUGCCACAGUUUUUUUGUUAAACUACUUUACUUUAUGUCAUGAACUUUUAUUGUUUUAACUCCGUUAUUAUUUAGGUUAUUUUUUAUUUUAUGUUGUUAUCUGUGUCAUUGGUCUUAUUAAGGUGAAAUAAGUAAAUAGAAUAAGAAAUAAAAUUGAUUGACAGAAUAAGCUCCCCAAUAAGAAUGUUUUUAUUUGUAUUCACUUUUGUUUAUCUGUUUUGUUUUGUUUUGUUUUUUUACAUGGGAACAUUUACUUAUUUGACGGAAACAUUUAUCAAUAACAGUAUUUAUUUUGAAUGAAGCAGCUCUUUAUAAUUUUUACCUUGUUUUUCAAAAUCAAGACUUUCAAAUUGUACAAAUAGCAUUCAAAAGACAUCAUUAAACUUUUGGUUAGUGAUGUGUUCAAAAUAGAGCUGAAACCUUAAACGUUUUGAUGGUUUUGACUUUUUUGUGGUUGUUUUAUGUGUAAAUUGAACACUUUUCCAGAUUUCAGUGGUUUCAAAGCUUUUGGGUAAAUGGUGGGUAAAUGAAAAAAACAUUUAUGAUGGCUUAGAUCCUUUUAAAUUUUGGCACUAUUUUCUAUAUUUCUACAGACGCUAUUCUAUUUAGACAUGGUUUUGAGAUAUGUUUGGGUGACUUGUCGACAGUUAGCACAGUAAACAGAUGGGGUGGCACAGUUCAUCAUGUGAUUUUGGUUCAAAACAUGCUGAUUAAAUAUCAAGUUUUAUCAGUAAAACUUGAUAUGAUACAGUCAAUGUAUUUAUUAACUUUUUCUACAUAUGUUAUCAUUCAAAGUCUUGACUUAAGCUUUUUGAUGGUGAAGUACACCAUCAUGUUAGCAUGUUAGAAAACAUUUGGGGGAAAUCAGGAUCUAAUCUAUUGCUGAUUUUCAAAGUUUGCUCAAUUUCAAAUAAAAACAUAGUCUCCA